CUCUCUCUCUCUACUUUCUCACUCUCUCUCCAAACUGCUGCCUUUCCUUCCACUUCUGGCUUCACACCCCUUUCUCUCUCAACUCUCAAAUUUCAUGGCGACUGCACCCACCAAGCUCACUUCCGGCGUCCUCUCGGUCCCUUCGCCACCGCACCGCCGGAAACCACCACCGUCUCCGCCAUUGCGAGCGCUGCACCAUUCCGUAGCCGACGCUCGGAAGCCUUCGCUCUCAAUUUCAUCCGCAAUCUCACGCCACAAAAUUGUGUGCAAGGCGACGGAAGUCUCGGUGGCUGAGGAAUCGUCGGCAUCCUCCGGCGGCGGCGAUGACGGGAAGUAUUGGAUUCCGGUGGUGCCGUUGUCGGCGCUUCCGAAGGGAGAGCGGCGCGUGAUUAUUCAAGAUGGGGAGACGAUACUGCUUCUGUGGUACAAAGAUGAGGUUUUCGCAAUUGAGAAUAGGUCUCCUGCUGAAGGAGCUUACACUGAAGGCUUGCUCAAUGCAAAGCUCACCCAGGACGGCUGUAUUGUUUGCCCGUCAACUGAUAGUACAUUUGAUCUCCGGACUGGAGCCAUCAAGGAUUGGUAUCCAAACAAUCCCGUGCUGAGAAUCCUCACACCUGCUUUGAGGAAUCUAUUUGUAUAUCCAGUGAAAACCGAUGAUGAAAAUAUAUUCAUCAGCAUUAGUGGGGGUGUGAAAACCGUUGCCGCAGAGAUUGUCUUUAGCGGAAAGGCUCAACCUGGUAUAACUGCAAGUGAUGUCAAUGUGGAUGAGGUGAGAAUGGUGGUUGAUGAGGAUUCCGAGGGGUUCGGUUUCACAGGGAAGAAUGAACUGAUAAAUGGGAAGGCAGCCAUAAUCGGCUUCCUAUUAUUGUUGGAUUUUGAACUCUUGACCGGUAAAGGUAUCCUCAAGGGAACUGGAUUCUUGGACUUCAUUUACUCUGCAACUGAUGCUUUCAAGUAAGCUUCACCGUUUUGCAGUCGCAGAAAUAUUUCUGACAACAAAUAGAUGACAAGUCCAGAAGAUAUAGUCCGCGGAUUGGAUCCGAUCCGAUCCGUAGACUAACGGAUUGGUGGCGGAUUCAAAAUCUCCCAAUCCGUUGCGAGCGAAUCGGAUUAGAAUUGAUGCCUAAUCCGAUCCGAUCCGAUCCGUGGCCACCUCUAACGUCAUGCAUGAUGUAAUUAGAUUUCAAAUAUUCUUGGUGAAUCAAGUGGAUUCUGUAAGCGUCAACUUGUUUACAAGGACUAGGUACUCCGUGCCUCUCCGAUAAAGCGUUUUCUACACGGUCAUGUCAUACGGGUGAAAAUCACCUCCAGUCACACAGUAUGCCAUUUUCACCAUUUUGAAAUAAGUGAAGGAGAAUUGGCCACAUCAAUUAAAAA